AUGGACAAUUGGGAUUCGCUGAAUAUCCGGACAGAAAUAUUAAACGCUCUCAAAUUGAAAAACUUCACAAAACCUACGAAGAUUCAAUCGGAAUCGAUUCCCCCGGCAAUCAACGAUCAAAGAGACAUACUUGGUGCUGCCGAAACUGGAAGUGGUAAGACACUUGCUUUUGCUAUACCCAUUUUAAACGGCAUACUCAAUGGAAGAUCUACGGGUUCGGUAUCAGAUGACUCAGAUUCUGCUCCAGAGUCAGAGUCAGACUCAGAUUCUGAUUUGGAAGAUGACAGUGAACCAGAAGUCUUAGAAGAACUCGAUGAAAACGGGCUAGGUUGUGUGGCCGUCGUCAAUUUGCCCCCAGAUAGUUAUGAGAAAACAAAUAAAAAAUUAUGGGCAGUCAUACUUGUACCUACCCGCGAGCUCGCCAUGCAAGUUAAAAACCACAUCGAAGAUGUGGCUAAAUUCACAGACAUUAGUAUCGCUGCUAUUGUUGGUGGAUUGUCAAGUGAAAAACAAGAAAGGAUUUUAAAAAAGGGUCCAGAAAUUGUUGUAGCUACUCCGGGACGUCUCUGGGAAAUGGUACAGAGAAAUGAGCCGCAUUUAAUGCAGUUGAAUAAAGUCAAGUACUUUGUAAUUGAUGAAGCAGAUCGCAUGGUGGAGACUGCACAUUUUCCUGAACUACAUCUUAUGCUUGAGAAAAUAAAUUUAAAAAAAAAUAAUAAACGACAAAAUUUUGUGUUUUCCGCAACUCUUACUAUGGUGCAUAAAGCUCCAUAUAGAAUAAACAUUAAAAAUAAGAAAAAAGUUAAAAAAAAUUUAACACCGGAUGAUAAAUUGAAAAGUUUAAUUCAGUUAAUAGGUAUGAAAAAUCCACAUGUUGUAAACUUGACAACUGUAAAUUGUGUUACUAGUACAGUGAAAGAAAUGCAAAUAUUUUGCUCAGUUAAGGAAAAAGACGGAUAUUUGUAUUACUUUUUGAAACGAAAUCCUGGUAGAAGUUUAGUAUUUUGCAAUAGUAUAAGUUGUGUGAAAAGACUCGCUAGUGUCUUAAGUAUUCUAAAAUUAAAUCCAUUACCUAUACAUUCAAAUAUGAUUCAGAAACAAAGGCUUAAAAAUUUAGACAAAUUCCGAGCCAACGACCAUGGUUUAUUGCUGGCCACUGAUGUAGCUUCAAGAGGUCUCGACAUAGUUGGUGUUAAUCAUGUCAUACAUUAUGACGUCCCAAGAACAGCUGAAAUCUAUAUUCAUCGUAGUGGCCGUACGGCAAGAGCGUCAAAUAUUGGGUUGUCACUUUUAAUUUGCACUCCGGAUAAGAAGAAUGUAUACCUGAACGUUUUGAGGACCAUGAAAAGAGAAAAAGAAUUGCCAAGGUUAGAGGUACAACUACGGAUAUUGCAAACAUACCUUGUAUGUGUAAAACUGGCUCAGGAGGUAACUACGUUGGAAGAAAAGGCAAAGAAAGAAACAGCAUCUACAAAUUGGUUCAAUAAAGCUGCUGAAGAGAUGGAAAUACUCUUGGAUGAAGAUGAAUUACCAAGAGGAAUGGGUUCUAGUGAUUUAAAAAAACAUAAAAAACUUGUCAACACUAAACGUAAACAAUUAGAUUUGUUUUUGUCUACAAUAAAUUGA